AUGUCGGCAGCGCUGGGCGCCACACUGCGCCGGUUGUCUCUGUUAUCACUCAGCGUUCUAACGCUGGCCAGUAAAUCUCAGUUCACCAAGAAGCCGGUCCAGUUCACCGAUUCACCCGUAUCAAGUUUCGCCGCUCCGUCGCGUCUGUUCUGUUCGGCCAAAUGUCAGAGGCAGGAGGCGACUGCUUGCGGCGGAUUCGUCUACGGAGGUGAUGGAAUGUGUCACCUGUACAAUGGGCGAAACGUGUGCGAGGGACCGGCUACCCCGCCCGACGAGGGCCAGCCGACGUCAGAGCGAUGGAUCAGAUCAGUCUGCCCAGGAACCAUCGGCUCGCGUUGCAGCUGUCCCCCCGGUUUUACGCGCUGCGCCGGUCGCUGCUACCGUCGAAUCGCCCUAAAGAAGGUGCUCUACGCCGAAGCGGAGAGCCAGUGCGCCGCGCUGGGCGCCCACCUGGCCGUGCCCCGUUCGGAAGCCGAGAACCAGUGCGCUAUCAAUCUGGCUGUUGGCGAUGAUGUCUGGUUGGGAGUCACCGACGAGGUCACCGAAGGCACGUGGAUGGGGAAGGACACCUGCGGACGAGUGUCGCCUCCUGCAGCCUGGUGGAUGUUCGGCGAGCCCAACAACUGGGGCGAUACCAACAACGCCGAUUGUAUCUACAUCCGCUUUUCGGCGGAGUGGGCGGACUGGGACUGCCCCACGCUGAGUUUUCCCCUGUGUCAGCUGUGGCUGUGUCAUAGAGAAGAUUGCGCCUGAGCAGGGCGGGAGCAGAGCUCAGACGCCAGCACAAAUGCACACCAACAUUUUUGAGUGGUUAAUGUAUAUUCAAAAAGCUGGAACAGAGUGGGGUUAAGGGCUGUGCGUUGGUAACGGUUUCAGUUCAAUUUGCUCGUUCCGGUAAUUAUUAAAAUUGUGUAAAGGUAUGUAACAUAACCCGACAAAGAUAACAAUGGUGCAUGCUGCUGCUGCCUGCAAUAACGUGCGCUGCGUUUCGGCAGAAAAAUAAAACGCGAAGAUAACACUUCGGUCUAAACAAUAGACAUAUUUUACUUACUCGAAGAAGGUAUUCAAGAGUACAUUGAAUAACAAUAAUUGAUUAUUGCUCCCGCCGGCACAGGCCAUUUUGUGUCCUUCGACGGCACAGGAGAGGGGGGGAGGGUACAACCCCCUCGCGUUUGCCCCCUAAUUAAGCUAGACCCUCGCGGAAAAAAAUCAUCGUGUAGGUCGUCAUGAGACGAAGCCAACGGUACCUGGUUUUAAGGUCAUAGGUCAAAUGGUGACCUCUGAGGUCAGGUCAAUGACCCAAAAGUCGGGAAAAUCGGUACCUGUUAGAACGUCGUAAAGUGUGGCUGCCUCAGGGUUUAUCGGGGUGCUGAUCACGAAUAUCGUGUUAGUUUUGAUCACAACGUUGCCUUCAUACAUUUAGGCCAGGUCGAGUCAGGUCAGGUCAAGUCAACCAGUAAGGGUCCUGCAGGGUGUUCGCAGUAGGUGUCAACCACCUCCGACAGCUUCGUAACAUGUUACGAAGGUACCAAAACUAUUUCGUAAAUGUUCAAAUUGUUGCUAAAUUCGAAUGCAGCUCCAAAAACUAGCCUAGAAACAUAUAAAACUCGAAAAAGUGAACCAAGGUCAUCAAAGCUCAGUGUCCAGUGACCUGACCUGACCUUCAGGUGACAUUGACACCCACCCUAAUGCAUGGGACCAACAUCAUAUCACCUGUUUGAACGCUUGAAACCACGCAAAGACUGCAAACGCGCCGCUAAUGCGAGCCGACAUACGAAUUGUUGAGAUGAAAAAUGAAAUGCCCUAGGAGUGAGGACGCGAUCGAGAAGUGUACAAUAGUGUACUGUGCGGAGUUUGUCAGCGUCUAACGUGUAGGAGGGAGGGGGGGGGGUCGGUCGGACCCCCCCCCUGCCGUUCGAUCCCUGAUCGUGCUAGAAGUUCGGCACUGAUGUCCAAAGGUCAGAGCGCAAUCUGCACGUAAUUGUUGCAAAAUUAACCCAACGGUUAGGGUCGGUCAAGCGAAAGGUGAUGGCUUGCUUAUCGUGUAUAAUUUAACUCAAGA